AUCGCGCGCUGCGAUCCCAGGGAGUCACUGAAUCCGUGAUAAUUACUAUAUAAUUGAAAUGCUCCAUGGAUUCCAGUCUCCCGCCUGUCUCUUCCAGUCAUCGCUUGGAUAACCACCCCGGCAAGCGCGAGCCCGUCAAUCCCCGUCGCAAACGGUUGAAAAGCACGCAGUUUACCCCUGUUUUCCAACGAAGUACUGGCCGCGCCCAAUUCUACAAUCGUCGCGGGACCUUUGAAGCAUGGCAUCAGGGUCUCAGGGGCGCGAACAGAUAAUCGAUCUUCAAGGCGAGAAGGAGCUUCUUGAGGAACUUUCAGCAAGAGAACCUACCUUUCGGGAGGUCAAUCGUUUUCUAGCACAAUUCCAGCAUUCCUGCCAUGCCACCUGUAGGAACCUUGAGGCGGGAGCGGGCCCUGCUCCUCCCGAGGUCGAAAGCCGGAUAUGGGAUUCGCAUAUGAGAAUCAAUUCUCGCUUUCGGAAACUUCUUCUUCAUUUCCGCGACGAGCAGGCCCGGAAGAAACGCCCGGUUGAGGAACGAAAACUCAAGCAUCAAUAUCUAAAGUUCAUCAGUGGUGCCCAGCAGUUCUAUGAAAAAUAUCUCAAGUUCAUCCUCCUGCGAUCGAAGGUGGCGCCGGAGCUUGCAGAAGCUGCAGCGGAGCUGCGGAUCGUGCCAGUCGAUGUUCCAACCCCGGCCAACAUCGCACAGGAGUUGCGGAAUACUCUAAUUGAGUCGUGUUAUUCCACUUUUAUUAGACUGGGAGAUCUCUCCCGGUACUAUCAAACGGAAUUGGUUGCUGAUCCCAAAAGACGAGAGUGGAACCACGUGGUUAACUAUUACGCUCUGGCGGGUUCCAUCAAGCCCACCUCGGGGAUAUUCCACAAUCAACUCGCUAUCAUUGCUCGUGCCGAAGCUGACCAUCUGCAAGCGACUUACUAUCUUUAUCGUGCUCUAUGUGCGACGGAGUCUCACCCAACCGCGCCCGGAAAUCUUGAAAUCGAAUUCAGAAAGAUUCUGAAUGCUUGGUCAAAUGGAAAGUUGGCCCAGUCAAAAGAUGAGAAGGAGUCAUUGAUUUCUUCUUUUACCUUUCUUCAUGCAAUGUGCUAUAAGGGUGUUGAUUUCGCAGAACGCGAUGAUAUUGAGAAUGAAGUGCUUGACCAAAUGGCUAUCCAACUGAUAGAGGGCUCUCUGGACGGUGACCUCCUUCAAAAAUUCUGCUUGGUCAAUAUUGCUGCUGAAGCACAUGCGCGAACUAAGCCAGAUACCAACGGAAAUGCACCCACUUUCUUCCUGCAGCUUAAUGUGAAGACAUUCUUCACACUCUUGCGGGUUCUACUAGCCGAAGUGGAGAAGCUUUCCAAACCUAUUUGCCAAAUCUUGCCAGCACUACGAAAUUAUAGCUCUUGGCUAGUGGUCAACAGUUUCAUUCUCGUUUCUAAAGCUCGUGAUUCACCCCUUGGUGUGCAAAUCAAGGAGUUCUGGAAGAUCUAUGCGAACACAUUGACAUUGCUUACCUCUAGCUUCAGUGUUCCAGAUAUACCUUACCUGGAUUAUCUCCUGCAGGAGGAUCGCGACACGCUAGGAUUUUCUCCAUUGAUGCAAGAUGGCAAAUCCCCACGCUAUGUCGAUGAACAGGGAAACAUCAAACCCAGGUCAAUAGGACCUGCUAGUGUUGACCGUGUGAAAGCGGAAAUGCUAUUUCGUGUGCGGGAACUGGUUACUGAUGGUCUUGACUUGGUAGUCCGUAAAAAAAUUCCGAUCAGCCUGGCCAGCGGCUAUGACAAGAAUAUAUUCCUUUACGAAGAAGAGGGCUUUGCACAGUUUUCUACUACGACUAACUUUUCUUCGGAGAUCGCUGAACAAGAAGUGACUACCCCGAAACAGUGCGAUAAUCAUAUGGAAAAUGAGGAGUCGGCCAUGGAAUCUGUUUCACCAUUUGACGAUAUGGAUAAGAUGGUUGAUGCGCUUGUAAACUCUGAAGCCGAUCCCGGAGAAAGCUGUGCACCCAAGAGCGGAGCAGCAACAUUCCAACCGUGGCCACGUCUAUCGAUUGAUACCAAUGGAGCGUCAAUGGAUUAUCCAUUUCCUGGGGAUAAUGUGCUGCGAAGCCCCUACAGUCCAACAAUCCCGCCUGAGGCUGUAACAUCGUAUUCACCAGGCCCCCCGCUCCCAAGUAUAACGAAGACGCCGUUUACGCCGCAACCAGGGGAAGUUUCCCCGAGAACGAGGCCAUCAACGGCGACUCAUAGUGGAUUGCGUCGGUCUUCGGGAUAUGAUGUGAACCCUAUGUCGCCCUUGAAUUACACGCCUCUCCAAUCCAAUCCCGUAAUCUCGGCACAGCAUCGAUCUUCUACUCCCGUAAUGAGCCAGAACAGCAAUGGCUUUACGCCAACGGGGAGUUCAAUGAUUAACUACCAGAAUUGGCAGACUGUCCACCGAUCAUUCACCGAACGCGUUCCAUGCAUCGGUGUUCCUAAUGCCAAUGAUCCACGCCUACUUUCUUCCCCCUUUAAUCCGUCCGGUUAUCCUCCCGGAAGCUAUGCAACCUCGUCCGCGAGAGCCGCGGGCAUUAUUGGCCAAACACCUCCAAGCGGACAGGGUGGGUGAAAAGUGGAUUUGAUCAGGUUCCGCUGCCAUAGCCUAUCUCUUUAUAGUUGUUGAACGUGAAGAGUUAAAUUUAGAAUAGUCAUGCCGGUAGCACCAUUUGAACAGUUACCCACUUGUGGCAGAAUCUGACGUAACGAGACUUACGUCCGAAGCCGCGCUAUAUGGCUUUCCUGCGAUUAUGGCCUAGAUAACUAGAGGUCACCACAUUUAUUCCAGGCGAAUCGCUGUUCACUGACUGGCGCCGGCUGUAUUUAACGGCUGUCGAAUUCUGGGGGGAAAUAGAGAUAUUCCCCGGAGAUAUACAACAGCAUUCCUAGCGCUGAUAACCCGUCGUCCACCAGCCGGUCAUUGUCAUGCUCGGUGCUGCCGGUCUCCGAGUAUGUCGGGAACUCCGUCUGACAACCGAAAAUUUUUCGAAUACUCUUAGCGGCAUGAGCACCGUCAAUUUUAUCCCUAAAAUCUAGAUUGAUACUACAUUUAUUUGACAUGUACUAUUGUUAUUCUGUUUGACGAUUUAACUAAUGGAUUGAUGCUUUAUUUCUUGGA